ACAACAUGAUUCACUGCUAAAUGUAAACCACUGGGAGGAAAAUGGUGGCGAGCAUUCGUGUACAGAAACUGCUCCGUCGGUACAAACUUGCUAUCGCCGCUGCUUUAACAAUUCUCCUAAUCCAGGGAUUGGUGGUAUGGAGUCUCCGGAGUCUGGAGGAAGGAGAAGCCGAGCGCAGAGAACGGCAGUCUAAGCUGCCUGAUCACAACAACCAGGAUGUGAGGAGAGACUCGGAAGCCAAGGGGCAGAAUUCCCUGUCCGGGGGGUAUCACCGCCAGGUGAAGCACGACAUGGAGCGGCCGGUCGUCACUCGUCCCACCAAGAAAGGGGGAAAACGAAGAAUGAAGCCCUCCAUGAGGGAAGGAGCCGGAGUGGUGCAGGGCAUUGGAGCCGGAGAUGUCGUUGCACCGUACGAUCCAUCCAGCAGCCGUAACUUUACUGACAUGAAGGCGCAGGAAGGAGGCAAAUUCCCACCAGGCGCUCAAGGAGAACCGGGAAGCGUCGACGGCGCACCUCAGGUCCCAAGCAACGACUUUGUACCCAGCUGUGAGAUCGUUGGCAAGGAUGCUCUGUCUGCUCUGCACCGUGCUGGAUCACGCCAGUGCCGGCAGGAGAUUGCCAAUAUUGUCUGCAAACACCAGGCUGGAGAGCUGAUGCCUCAGGCUUUACCUCAGUACUGCACACAGCAUGUCUUGUCCAGUGCUGGCCAGCAAGCUGAAAUUCUAGACAACGAUUUGUCCAAAGUGGAGAACCCAGUCAGGGUGGCGUUCGUACUGAUGGUCCACGGUCGAGCCGUGCGGCAGCUCAAGCGACUCCUCAAAGCCAUUUAUCACAAAGACCAUUUCUACUACAUCCAUGUGGAUAAGCGCUCCACCUACCUGCACCGGGAAAUUGUGCACAUGGCCGAGCUGUACUCCAACGUGAGGGUCACACCCUGGCGCAUGGUCACUAUCUGGGGCGGGGCCAGUCUGCUGAAGGCAUACCUGCACAGCAUGCAGGAUUUGAUGUCCAUGCUCGACUGGAAAUGGGACUUCUUCAUCAACCUCAGUGCCACAGACUUCCCCACCAGGACCAAUGACGAGCUGGUGGCUUUCCUCUCUCAGAACCGUGACAAGAACUUCUUGAAGUCUCAUGGCAGAGAGAAUGCCAGGUUCAUUAAGAAACAGGGGCUGGACAGACUUUUCCACGAGUGUGAUAAUCACAUGUGGCGGCUAGGGGAGCGCACCAUUCCAGAGGGCCUGGACGUGUCUGGUGGCUCCGACUGGUUUUCACUCACACGUCGCUUUGUGGAGUAUGUGGUCAACUCCAAGGACGAGCUGGUGACCGGGCUGAAGCAGUUCUACACCUACGCCCUGCUCCCUGCAGAGUCUUUCUUUCACACAGUGUUGGGCAACAGCCACAUGUGUGACACCCUAGUGGACAACAACCUGCGAGUUACUAACUGGAAUCGCAAGCUGGGCUGCAAGUGCCAGUACAAGCAUAUAGUGGACUGGUGCGGAUGCUCUCCCAAUGACUUCAAACCUGCCGAUCUCAUCCGAAUUCAGCAGCUGACGCGACCCACGUUCUUCGCCCGUAAAUUUGAAUCCACUGUCAACCAGGAGGCCAUUGAUAUUCUUGAUACCCACCUGUAUGGGCAACACCCACCAGGCACUGCGGCACUUAAAGCCUACUGGGAAAGCCUGUUUGAGCGAGAGGAUGGUGUGGGAACUCUCAGCGAUGUGGCACUCACAGCCUACAUGUCCUUCUUCAGACUUGCUCUCCAUAGUCAGAAAACCAUGCAUGAGGCCUGCAGGUUUGUGCCUGUCGGCUACCCCAUAUCCGUCCAUCUCUAUUUCUAUGACGACCGUUUCCAGGGCUACCUGUUACGCCAGGAGGUGAAGACCACGGCAUCUGAGAAGAAGGAAAUGCUGGAGGUGUGGGUUGUUCCUCAGGCAACAUUACAGCUAGAGAGCAACCUAAAUGAGUUUGAGAGGCUGAAGAACCUUGAGGUGGGAACAGAAUGGGACCCCAAAGAGAGAAUUUUCCGGAACUUUGGUGGAGUGAUGGGGCCUUUGGACGAGCCCGUGGCGGUGCAGAAAUGGGCUCGUGGCCCCAACCUCACAGCCACCAUCGUGUGGAUCGAUCCUGCUCAGGUGGUCGCAGCAUCUUAUGACAUCAGCGUGGAUGUGGAGGCGGAGUUUACUCAAUACAAGCCACCGCUGCAGCGUCCCCUCAGGCCUGGAGUAUGGAGAGUCCGUGUGCUGAGGUUAUGGGAGCGUAUGGCUGAAGCUCGCUUUCUGGUCAUGCCUCUCGCUUUUAAAGGAAAGGAACCAUUUCGCAAAGAAGAGCAUACCUGGCUGCACGCAGGCCCUGCAGGAAACGUUUACCUGGAGCAGGGCUUCCAGCAGCUCGCUCAGGUUCUGAAGCUGCCUCCCAUGGAGCCUGCACUGGAGGAAUCUCAGAAGAAGGCAUCUCUGGUGGGCAAGGCUCUGGAGGGUUGGUUGGACAGCUUAGUGGGUGCCUUCUGGGGAACAGGAGACCUGUGUUCCACUCAGACAUCCCUCUGUCCCAGCGUACAGCUGUGUGCAAAGACCAGUUGGAGCUCCUUGUCCCCAGAUCCCAAAUCCGAACUUGGCGCAGUCAAAAGCAACGGCCGGAUCAGGUAGCCCAAAAGAUUUGUAGCGACAGAGGGUGAGAACACUAAAGCAAACUACAAGGGGAGAGGAGGAGCCCCUGUGAGAGAUGUUUACGGGAUACAAGUCUCUCAGAUCAUCCAAAUGAUUUCUGGUCGAGGCACUUUGUGUUAGGGACAAUCUAAGAGAAGAAUGAACUGACAUUUGCACAUGAAAACAUUUUCUAAUUGUUCAUAAAAAAAAAGUCUUUUUUUUGGUGGGGGGGUGUAGUUUGUGUCCAUAUGCAGUUUUGAUGCAAAGCCUCAACGUUUUGUUUUUUUUUUUUCUCUUUUCAGAACAAAUCAAAAUCAAGUGCACAUUUGGAUACAUUAAUUGUAGCCAAUUUCUUUUUAAAAUUAUUGUUAUUAUUUAAGCUUUACUACCUGUUCCCUGUUCAGUGGUUGGAGUUUUGCAUCAAAUUGGGUGUCAAACUGAGGUGUGUGAAGCGAAGCCAGGGGUCCACCAUUUUUUUGUGUUAUUUCAUUUUAUUCUGUGUUGGAAAUCACAACCUAGCAUUAUGAAAGCUGUUCUAUACGGUACAUUAUAAUUGUGUUCUUAUAGUUAAUGAUUUUUUUUUUAUUCAUUUUGAAGAGCUCAAAAACAAAGUAGGCAUAUAAAUCCUGUCAGGAAAGUCGUGUUGUGACGGGGGGAAAGUUCCGGAAGAAAUUACUUUAAAACCGAUACCAAAAGAUUUUUGUAAACACAACUGGUUUAGAAUUGUUGAAACCUGUUUGGGGUUCUGUGGGAUAUAUUUUUCAGUUAAAGUGUCUGACUGCAAGAAAAUUUUAGCUUGUUUUUUUUUUGUUUGUUUGUUUGUUUUUUAAACUUCAGAAGCCGUUUGAUUAAGUGCACUUUACUGUAAGAUAAAUGUCUGAACUCCAGACGAAGAGGAGGAGCUGAUGAAGUCAAUCGGGAUGUCAAACGAUCAGUGGCUCCAUUUGAAGAUUUUUCAAGUGCUGCUUAUAGAGUUACAUUUUCACCAUCACUUGGAUUGGGUACAGUUUUGGAAAAGAGCAAAAACUUACAAGCGAAAUCACCGGCCAUCAGAAAAGAAAACUCUGUGUGUGUAUGUGUGUGUUUGACUUCUGUGUGUUGGUGAAUGGCUUCUUUGGAAGCGAUGCCAGGUGGAUGUUUAUUACUGCAUAAAUGAAUUGCUAAAUGUGCUGGGCAAGCACAUGGACAAGGUGAAUGAGCUGACCCUUCAGACAAAGCAGUGGAAAGACAGCUUUCUCAUUGUACUGCCCUUCAAAUGUAAAUUCCAUGAACGCUUGGAUCUGCCACUAAUUCAUGAUCUUUGGCCAUCUCAUGUGUAAAACCUAAAGGUCAAGCUGUCGUCGACAUGGACCACAGUACUCACCCAGUUUACUGCAGAUUUCUCAUAAGCAACUCCCUAGUGAUAAAAUUUAUUACUGUUUUUGAAUCUUCUGUGCAUAUAGGAUUCUGUUUCAGCCUGCUACUGCACUACGGUACGUCCUCAUCGCGGAUAGCAAAACGUUUCGUCAGCAAUGAAGUACAGUAUUAUUCAUCGUCACAUUGCUUCAUGUGGUAAUUUCAUUUUCAUCAAGCUUUGCACAAGUGUUGACGGAAUCCUAACUAGUCCUGUGUUGUUGUUUUUUUUGUUUUUUUAAAUUGGUUGAAAGACUAAAAACUGUAAACUCAAACUCCUCUAUAGUGAUUAUCCGUAUCUUUUUCUAAGCAAGUGUCUGAAAUCGCACAUCAUAUUUGCGCUCUUAGCAAAACGUUGGUUAGCCAUGAGGUGGAGUGUUUUCUCUUCGUGUCACAGAUAAUCGAUAAAGUUUGGAUCUGGCUAGCUUCUUUGUUCUCUUUCGACUGUGUGUUCUGAACAGGA